UGUCUGUAUAUAUAAAGCACUUAAAUGUUCCUAGUUUUCUUCACCAGAGAGGGACUGCUAAGGCAACAUGAAAGUGUUAGUUCUGUUGUCGGUAUUGGGACUAGUCGUCGCCGUGCCUGUUGUCGAUGAGACACAAGCUGGUGUUGAGGUCAUUUACGGAGAGGAGGCCUCUGAUAACCCUGAAGAAACCUCGGGGUAUUUUGAGGGAGACAUCGAACUUUUACCAGGAGAAAACCCAUUGCACAGAAAUGCUAUAGCAGAUAGAAGAAGGAGAUGGGCCAAUGGGAUUGUUCCGUAUGAAAUCUCGUCAACUUACCCAUCUGCUGUGCAGAAUAUCUUCCAUCAAGCCAUGACUGAAAUCGAAUCUAGAACAAAAGUCAACGGCAAGACAUGCAUUCAUUUCAAACCUCAUUCUGGAGAAUCCGGAUUCGUUAAAUUUGUUACUGGAACCGGUUGUCAUACACCAGUAGGGUACAUCGGCCGUCAGUCGAGUGUUACAAUUGGACAUGGUUGUGAACGCAAAGGAACUGUUAUGCACGAGCUGUUGCACGCGCUCGGAUUCUGGCACGAGCAGAGCAGAACCGACAGAGACAAUUAUGUAACAAUCCAUUUCAAUAACAUACAGAAAGGUCAUGAGGGAAAUUUCAACAAAUACCAGCAAGGUUACAUCGAUAUGUUAGGACAACCUUACGAUUAUGGAAGUAUCAUGCACUACAGUGCCUAUGCCUUUGCUAUUGACCGUUCAAAGAUGACCAUUGAGCCAAAGCAGAAUGGAGUGACCAUAGGUCAGAGAGUCAGACUCAGUAACACUGACGUUAAGGAGAUCCAGCUCCUGUACGGAUGUAUAUCUGACACAGGUCAUACCAGUGCUCCAGUGUCCGGAUUUGUGACUCCAGCUCCAGCUGCCACUGCGAAACCUCCAUCUGGAUCUGAUGUAUGCACAUUUGAGCACAACUUCUGUCACUGGACUCAGUCCCAUAGCGACAAUACUGAUUGGAGACGUCAUUUCGGUAAAACACCAAGCUCAAACACGGGACCAUCAGCCGAUUCACACGGAUCGGCAAGAGGGCAUUACAUCUACGUUGAGGCCUCUGGACACAAGAAUCAAGGAGCCAAGCUCGAUUCUCAGGCUUACCCUGGCGGCGACUACUGUGUUGAUUUCUACUACCAUAUGUAUGGAUCAGACAUUGGCUAUCUCCGUCUCAAUGUCGUCUCUGGCACACAUGAGUAUCACCUGAAACAAUGGGAUGGUAACCAUGGUGACCACUGGGUACACCAGAGAAUGAAUGCCCAUAUUCACACAAGUGGAACCUUCAAAUUCGAAUUUGAAGCGCAUACCGGUAACAGUUACCACAGUGACUUUGCUCUCGAUGACAUCAUCAUACAUCCGGGCAAUUGUUAACAAUUCUCACCAGAUGUCAAAUAUAUUCAUUUAUGUUUUACAGUGCCAUAUAAUAUCUUUAUAAAAUGAUUUAAUUUUGUAGCCAAAUUGUAUGAAUAAAUUAUCUUCUGUGAUUGUUUGGUGGAAGAGAA